CCCCUAGCCUGGCAGCUUCCAUAUACCACGGGUGCAGCCCUUAAAAAAAAAAAAAAAACUAGUUAUUUUUGUUGCGACUAUUGCUAUUAAAAUCUUAGCUAAUGUCCCAGAUGAAAAGUCUCAUUGUCAUAAUUGCACUUCAUUAUAGCAAUACUGAAUAUUUUUCUUAUAUUAGUAGCUGUUUGCGUUUCUUCUUUGUAAAUAGUCCCUUUGUGUCCUUGGCCCCAUUAUUUCAUUAUUCAACAAUUUUCAUAGCGUUUGAUAUGGAAUCUUAAUGAAUUUUAACUUGUGUCCUGUAUCUCCCUGAAACAUUGUCCUCUGUUUGUAGUUUAUCUUUUUUUUAAUUUUACUCAUUGUUAUUAUUGCUCAAAAACCUUUCAACUUAUUUUGUAAACUCUACACGUUUUCCUUCUUGUUUUCUUAGAAGGCUUUGUGAUUUUUCAAGUCUGAUCCUGUCUCUAUAUCACAGCAAUUUUAACCUAUUUUUCCCCUUUUUUGUAAUGUUUUAACUUUAAUAUUUUAUUAUUUAAUCCAAAUGGAAUGGUCCUUAGUGUUGAUAUGCCAAGGCUUUAUUUAUUUUUAAACCCAAGAAAAGUUUUUUGUUUUAAGAGGUCAGAUUAGAUUUGAUGCUUAAAAACAGUUUUACAUUUUUCAAGCAUAUGCUAUAAUUCAAUAUGUAGGGUUUUUAUCAGAUGGUGGUAUAGUCCUAAGAGUAUAUGUCAUUUCCUAACAAUAAGUGUGCAGUCACUUCGUAAAAUCCACAUGAUAUCCUCAUAGCAGAAUUAGCCCAGAAGGCUUUAAUAGCAUCAUAUUCUAUCUAUAAAUAAAUGACACUGGGGAAAGGAAACUGGGGGGGGGAUGAAGUGGAUUUAAAUUAAAACCAAUAAUAAGAAUAAAAAUACUCAGAAUCCAUUAGAACAAUCUGGGUGCAAAAAAUCUAGACGUAGUGAAUUAGGUUUUAAAGGUGAGCUCUAAAUGAGCCUCUGCUUCAGGACUUGAUGUCAUUCACGCAAAGUUUGUUCUUUUUGUUUGAGCCCAACAGGUAAACAAGCGUAAGUCUCAAUGGGAGAAGAAAACCACAGCUUCGUGGCCGAGUUUGUCUCUGGCCUUUCUCAGGACGUGCAGACCCAGCGCCUGCUGUUCACUCUUUUCCUCACCAUUUAUCUGCUGACCGUGCUGGGAAACCUGCUCAUCAUCAUUCUCAUCUUCCUGGAUCCUCGACUUCACACGCCCAUGUACUUUUUUAGAAACCUGUCUUUCGCAGACCUCUGUUUCUCUACCAGCGUCGUCCCCCAGGUAUUGGUCCACUUCCUGGUGAAGAGGAAAACCAUUUCUUUUUCGGGGUGUAUGGCCCAGAUAAUGGUCUUCCUUCUGGUUGGGUGUGCCGAGUGCGCGCUGCUGGCGGUCAUGUCCUAUGACCGCUACGUGGCCGUCUGCAAGCCCCUGCGCUACGCCGCCGUCAUGACCCGACAAGCGUGUCUCCAGCUGGCCGUGGGGUCCUGGGCCAGUGGCGCCCUGGUGUCUCUGGUGGACACCACCUUUACUUUCCAACUUCCCUAUCAAGGACGGAACGUGGUCAAUCACUACUUUUGUGAGCCCCCUGCCCUCCUGAAGCUGGCUUCAGCAGACACCCACGAGGCCGAGACGGCCAUCGCUGCAAUGGGCGUGGCCAUCCUCCUGGCUCCGGUGUCCCUCAUCCUUGUCUCCUACGGGAACAUCAUCUCCACUGUGGUCCAGAUGCCGUCUGGGGCGGGGAGGCUCAAAGCUUUCUCCACCUGUGGCUCCCAUCUCACUGUCGUUGUCCUCUUCUACGGCUCGGGAAUAUUCGCCUACAUGCGGCCAAACGCCAGGACCACAAAAGAGCAGGAUAAGACGAUCUCUGUGUUCUACACAGUGGUCACCCCAAUGUUGAACCCCAUCAUUUAUAGCCUGAGGAACAAGGAGGUCAAAGGAGCUCUCAGGAAACUCGCUGGAAGAAAGUCCUUUUCUCAGAGGCGGUGACCUCCAGGUCUGAUUUUAAGGUAACGUUCUUAAAAGAGGAGCAGGCGUUCAGUCGACACUUGUGAAUUAGGUCAUUUCAAGGAGAUGCGUAAAAGUAAGGGACUUGGUCCAGAACCUGUGAAUACACCACCCUAAACACAGGGAAGAAAUAAAAGGAUGAAAAGUGAGGUUACUGCUUGAUGAUGAAAGUAUUAAGUACUCUUUUGAAGGAGAUUUUGGUUCAUUCAGCUGAUGUGGACGUAUUUUAAAUAUGAUCACCCUUAAAUCUAAGAGGUUUGUUUAAGCUGAAUUAUCCUGAGAUAACAUCUGAGGUGUAAACUAACAUUAAAGACAUUUCAGUUUGGAUGUCCCAGUGGUACAAAUCUUGAAAUCGUCUCUGAUCAAAAUCAUCAGUAUAUUUGGAAGUCUUUAUCACUGGGGUCAUUCAUGUCCCAGAGCAUUUCAGCCUGAGAAAGGGUACUAGAGGCCAAGUUCAUGAUGUUCUUUCCUGAAAGCUCCAGAAAAUGAGUUUUUGGUAUCAUCUCCCCCAAAUCCACAUAAGCACAGACUACCCGAGUGAAAAGGGAUUUCAGCAUCUAACCCAAACUUGUGAGCUUCCUCCAAUGAUCUCAGCCAUUCCUUCCCACGGUCAUAUCUUAAAUACUGCCACGACCUAUUUAAAUACGACCUAGCCUUGCCACCCCCCCGUCCAAAUGCUGGACGCAGGGAAUCCUGAGCAAACUAAAAUUAUUGCUGUUUGGGGGCACUAAGUGUUGAGAUGCAGCAAUGGAUAACUGAAACUCUGAGAGUCAUGCGCCACCCCAUUCAAAGAGAUGCCUGUGGGGCUUUUUCACAUUCGGGAGAAAAACUCCUACCUCUCCUGCCUUGGACAGUGAAAGCGCCAAGAAGCUCCUAGAGAAAAUUUUAAUAGCACAAAAUCAUAAAAAGUUGAUCAGAGUUUUUAGUUGCAGUCACAGAAACUGACGAUGCAUGAUUUAAGCUAAAAGGAACAACUAGUGAAUAACGGCAGUUUGGAUCCCGCAACCUGAACUACCCAAAUCAUGAUCACGCGG